AGUUCUCAGUUUGUAUUUUUUUUUCUUAUAGUGUCUGUCCGUACGUCAGUCUGCGCUUAACCUCAGUGACCGUCAGCACAAGAAAGCUGAAAGGCCGACAAAGUGCAAAAUUAAAAAGUGUAAAAAAAUAUUGUCAGGAAACCCUGUAAAAGGUGAACAUGUAAAGUGGAUCUGAUUAUGGAAACUCUAAGACAUCAAGGGCAAUUCUCAGACAUUUUAGGCAUACAUGGGGUAAAACUUGAUACCCAGAUGUAUGUCUGAUAACACUAUGAAGCGAUGAAGAUAUGGAGCUGACCUGAAGAUGGAGAGGAGUAAAUGAAGAAGGAACUCUGCAACUUACCGUCUAUCAGUCAUCAAGUAGUGUUCCGACCUCUUACUCAAGAACUUGCCAGGCGAGGACAUGAAGUCACGGUCAUCACACCAGAUCCUGUCUUCACAAAUGGAGAAGCACCAGCUAAUCUUACAGAAAUUGACGUCCACUUUACUUACGAAGACUGGAAAACGUUUUAUGACACUACUUCGGGCGAUAAUAAUGAUCUUUUAGAACAAUUGCAUACAGCAUAUAUAUUGAUAGAUCGGAUAUUUGAAAUUCAGAUGAAGGUGGAUAAAGUGCAAGAAAUAUUGAAAGAACAAAAGUUUGAUUUGCUUUUACUAGAAGCUUGUGCGAAACCCGCUUUGGUUCUAUCACACAUUUUCAAAGUGCCGGUAAUUCAAGUGUCAUCGCUUGGUCCAAUUUUCUUUAAUUCAGAUAUUGUUGGGUCGGCCUGGCAUCCUUUGCUGUAUCCGAUUAAUUUUAGUCUUAAACUGAACAAUCUGGAUCAGUGGGACAAAUUAAUGGAGUUGUGGACAUUAUACAGAAUAGUCACUGUGAUGCAACAAGUGGAGAAAGUAGAGGAUGAAACGGCUAAAAGAUUGUUUGGACCAGAUGUACCACCGAUGAGUGAAUUGAAAAAUAAUGUUGACAUGUUGUUUGUUAAUAUUCAUCCUCUGUGGGAUACAAAUCGUCCAGUCCCUCCCAGUGUUAUUUAUAUGGGUGGUUUGCAUCAGAAACCUCAAAAGGAGUUGCCUACGGAUCUCAAAAGUUAUUUGGACUCCUCAAAGAAUGGCGUGGUAUACAUCAGCUUUGGAACAAAUGUCAAACCGUCACAGUUACCUGCAGAGAAGAUACAAAUACUGGUCAAAGUAUUCUCUGAGCUACCUUACGAAGUGCUGUGGAAGUGGGACGAAGAUGAGCUCCCCGGACGUACUAGCAACAUUAAGAUAUCCAAGUGGCUGCCACAGUCAGAUCUAUUGAGGCAUCCUAACAUAAAGGUGUUCAUAACACAAGGAGGUUUACAAUCAACUGAUGAAGCUAUAACAGCAGGAGUGCCUCUGAUUGGUGUUCCAAUGCUAGGCGACCAAUGGUUCAACGUCGAAAAGUAUAUAACACACGAGAUUGGAGUCAGGCUUGAUAUAGAAACGUUGACGGAGGAAGAAUUUAAGAAUGCUAGAACUGAAGUUAUUGAAGAUAAAAAGUAUCGUGAGAACAUAAAAAAAUUCAGCGAAAUAGUCCGUGACGAGCCAAUGCCACCGUUGGAGCGUGCGGUGUGGUGGACGGAGCACGUGCUGCGUCACGGCGGCGCGCGACAUCUGCGCUCUCCCGCCGCCAACAUAUCGUGGACGCAGUUCCUCGAACUAGAACUAGUUCUUACUGUACUAAGUGUUGUCUUAGGUUUUGUUUUAUUAUUGUCAUUUCUACUUUAUUACUCUUACAUGCAUUUGGCUAUAAGUCCAAAACAGAAGCUAAAAGACAAUUAGUUAAAUCGAUUUAUUCAUAUGUAUAUGUAUGUGUAUAUGUUUUUGUAUCUCUAGUACAUUGGCAAAACUGUGAUAAGCUUUUGAGCGUAAUAAAAAAUAUAGAGUAAUCUA